GUGCGACCGGGCAUCGACGAGAAGAAGAAAGAAAAAAAGAAAAGAAAAUAAAAAAAAGCAAUGCGAUCAUAUGUCCGCACGCAGGUCUGGACCCAGGCCGAGAGUUGUGAUUGAGUGAGUGGGUACCUGGGUCAUCCUUAGUUAGGUCCUGCCAAAUCCAGGUGGCUUGCUGGUGGAGUCGAGUAGGUUGACUUCCAUGAAUGAACGAUGUCUCGGUGCGCAAAGUUACUUGGGGGAUGUAUGAUAUUCUUUCGGUGUCUCAUUGGUGGCUGCGAGCUGAGGGUACUACCGGGCUCUUGCUUGCUUCGUCGUUCCGUCGUGUACCCACCGGGAGUGAGUGAGUGGGUGUGGAGGAUCUUCGUGUUGGUCCCUCAUGCGACUGCGUGGAGCUGCUGCCGGGUGGUGGUGUACUCCGAAGAUCCGGAUGUUCCUGAUGCAGCUGAGCACCACCAUGGUUCUCUGUUUUUUUUCCUUUUCUUUCUUCUGGACAGAGUGAUGAUGAUGCAGCUGUGAGUAGCGACAAGCAAGUAUGUGGUAGCUAAUAAGGCGGGUCUACCCAACAUAGCGUACCUGUCGGCAAAUUCCCAUGAACCAGAACUCUCCGUGUCGU